AUGGCCCGCUCCUACCCAUACCCGCCGAUCCCCGCCGACUGCGUGGAUAGCAUCAAGCCGGGCCACCACUCGCCCUGGGAGAUGGACCUAGUGACGAGAACGCACUCGGACAAGUGGGGCCCACGCGAAAUCGCAGUCGCCAAAGCUCUACAGGAAACGCGAGUCCACCUCGGCAACGAAUGCCUCCUUCGCACACACCACCGCUCCCUUGCGCCAUGUCCAUUCGUAUACGAGACCACCGAGGCCGACGGGAACAAGAUCUGGGGCGUGAGUAUUGGGCCAAAUGUGCCUGUGUACGACACCCACGCCGCCGGCCGCGAGAUUCACAUCCACCCUGAAUUCCUGCUGCCGCAGCUGUCGCAGGCAUAUAGCGGGAGUCAGAGAGACCCUCUGCCUCGGCGCAUCAAUCCGAGACGGUUUCUGCCAGCGUCAGAACUCGAGAUACUCCGUCGGUUCUUCCCUGCGGCGAUUGGAGCGCGCGUGCUCAUCUCGGGGUUUAUCAUCGUGCUGUUUCGGGAUUACAAGGAUAUCGAGGCGUCGUGGUUGGAGGGAUGUGUGCCCUCGUUUGGCCUGCUCAGGUUGGGAUAUGAUGUCGCGGUGCACUAUCCCACACAGACGGUCGUCGACAGCGGAAAUGCGGUCUCAGAUUCCGCAGAGGGCAGUGAUACUGCGACGCCGUUGGGUCUGAAGCUGAAAUUCGCCGAUGAUUCUGAAGGUAUCACAGUGCCGACGCACGCGUUCGUGGAUGUGAAGACGCCGCAGGAGAACAUGGCACGGAAGGAGGCGAGUCUCUUGUCGAAGACGAAGGCGACGUUCUCGAAAGCGACCGCGCUGAAGCUGAAAGAGUUCAUCAGGGUGGGGACGACGGCGGUGGCAUCGCCGCUCGGAAAAAGCGUCUGGUUUGUGCAGGACCCAAAAAAGGUAAAAUCGGCCAUGUCAACGACGACAUUCGACCACCAUAUCGCUCGCGCCUCGACGUUCCCUCAAACAAUCCACCACGACACCUCCAUCGUAACCGGCGACCGCCUCCCCCGUGUCUCAAAUCCACCUCGCGCACCAAAAAUCAUCGGCUGGGGCGAGUACCGCGAUGCCCUAGACGGACACUCAGCCUUCGCAAUGGCCCUCAGCGCACUCACCGACGAGCCACAGGAUCCAGUCGAGACGGAUUCAGACAUGAUCUAUUCGGGACAAUGCAAAAAGCCGUGGUGGAGGGAACGGAAUACCUCUGGGACCGCAAGUCGCGCACGCAAGAUGGAGGGUCUCUCGGGUUCAGUGCUGUGCCUAGGCCAGCCAACAGACCUCAAUUGCCGGGCGGUGCUAUUCAAGCAUUUCGAGACGCCCAUCUGUCCGCAGCAUUUCGAGCCUACAGACACGGCGGCGCUGGGAGAUAUCGCCUGGUCGAGUUUCAAGGGUGGGUUUUUGCUGCCGUGGGAGAUUCGUAAUGCGGAGAUCCUGUGUGAGGGGGAGGAAGCAACUGCGAUACUGGAGGGGGAUCAGACGUGGGAUAUCGAGUAG